UAUUUUCCCACCUGGUGGGAAAAUUUCCAUGUCCCAUCACUAGGCGUGACUCAUGAUAAUGUAUUAUGAGCACCAAGUUGGUAUCAAAGAUGUCAGAAGCCGACUGUACUCUUUUAAUCUAUUGUCCUUCACCUUGUAGCAUGAAAUCUGACAUUUAUUUAGGAUUUUUUAGUUUACCUAGGACAGUGUGUGCAAUUUAUUUUUACUGAAUAAUAAAUCAGCUGGUUAGCGACCCCUGGAGCCAUCGGAUUUCGAGGAAGUUUGCAACGAAACUCUGGAGUCCCUGUGCGAGUACUUUGAAGAGUUGGUUGAGGACAGCCCCCACCUGACAGCCGCUGACAUUUCUUUCAGUGUAUUGAAGUCUCCGGCAGGCGGCAAGCGAAGGUAGCCGCUCGCGAGGAUGGAGAUCAUGGAGGAGGGCAACAUGAUGGACCGGGUGAGGAUCCUGCUGCAGCGCGACCUGGACUACUACCGCGCCCACCAGACGGUGCUGCAGGAGAACCUGUGUCCCGGCGUGGUGGGCGGCCUGCUGGACUUCCCCCGCUACGCCUCCUUCGCGGCCGUCAAGCUGGUGCUGUGGUGGGAGCAGGAGUACGUGGCGGCCUUCAGGCAGGCGUCGGGGCUGCUGGAGACGGGCGCGGGCGGCGACGGCGGCGAGCAGGACACGGACAAGGGCUGCGGAGGCGUGGCCAUGGACUCUGCGCCAGACGAGUUUGUGUCGGUGGUGACGGACUCGGCGGGCAAGCUGCUGCAGCACCUGCACGCGCUGAGCCAGGAGGCGCUGGACCACGCCGACCUCACCGUGCUGACGGGCACGCUGGGCGCCGCGGCGCUCGUCAAGAACUGCCUCUGGUGCUACAACGAGCAGCUCAAGAGGACCGCCGGCGACAAGCCACUGACUCUGCACGGAGGCUACAAGCAGUUCCACGAGAUGGCGGAGGCUCUGGCCGAGAGACUGCUGGACCUCCACUGCCGCCUGCUGUCCCUCUACAUCCUGCAGGACGCAGACUGCCUGCACUGGGAGGACCCCCACCCCUUCUUCGAGGGCGAGCGGGGCUCCUUCGUGGUGCAGAUGUGGUGGCUCUACAUGCAAGGCACGAGAGAGGACCUGUGGAACACCGUCCCUCCCAAGAUGGCACAGAGGGUGCUGGCCGGCAUGCUGAACGAGUCCCUCACCAUCCUCACGGUGCGCUACACCCAGGCGACCCCCAGCCGCGCGCGCGGCCUGCUGCUGGGCACGGACGUGAGCAACGUGCUGCUGUGCGUGCGCCAGCUGUUGCCGGCCGUGUGCGGGGACUCGGAGGAGCUGGUGGGGCGCCGGCUGCGCAGCAAGGUGCUGCGCGACGUGCACGCCAAGUGUCACCAGCUGCUGUGCUGCCUGCUGGCCCGUGCUUGCCCCCUGCCCGUGCUCUACAAGUUCCUGCGCCGGGGACUGACGGGGGUGGCAGCGUUCUGCGCGCGCGACCCGACUGCGGUGGCGCCCUGGUUCACGCUCACCUCGCCCGACCUCUUCCCGGACCCGCGCGCCGAGCUGCGCGACGGGGCGGCCGUGGCCCUCGAGCUGUCUGUGCUCGCCGCGCAGCCCCAGGCGUGCUGGCCUGUGCUGCUCAAGGUCCUCAUGAUGCGUCACUGCAAAGUUGCCAACCUUGUGAUGAAGUAUUACGCACCACAUGUGGCAAGUGACACAGCUCCUGCCAGUAAAUCAGUGCUGCCAGUUGAGCAACAGAACACUGACGGCAGGGGGCGCGGCGGCGAGCUGGGGCAGUGCGGGGGGUUCCUGUGCCCCGGAGGGGGGGCUUGCGUGCUGGGGCCGCCCUCGACGCAGGCGCUGGCGCCCGGCCUCGUGGUGGCGUCCCUGGUGCACGUGGUCGCGGGGGCCGGGGGGCCGGCCGACCUGGCCAGCGUGCUCCUGCCGGUGCUGGGCGACGGGCCCGGGGCGUGGGGCAGCUGCCUCGACCACCGCCAGGUGUGGAACCAGUGUCGACCUCCCUGGCUGGAGGCGUUGCUGAAGCCCUUGGAGUCCCUCAUGACGCCCAUCGUACUGUCCUUGCUGGACAUUGUGCAGGCGGGCGGCCAGGUGGAUGACAGCACGGCCGAGUGCGUGCAGGGCCUGGCCCAGCUGGCGGACUGCCUGCCCCCCUCGGUGCCGCGGGCAGCAGCGCUCCUGGAGGACUGGCUGCCGGCGGAUGUGAGCCCUGCGGGCGGCUCCGUGCUGCUGCAGCUGCUGCUGGCAGCCCUGUACUCCCGGCUGGCGGCGGGCGGCCCAGACCUCGCGGCCCUCGCCGAGUCCCUGUGCCACCUGGGGCCGGGCUCCCGUCACGCGCCCCACCUGCGCCACUUCCUGGAGGCCGCUGCCGACAGCGAGCAACACCUGGGAGAUGAUUACUCGGUGAUGGAGGCUGCCCCGUACAUGGAGGAAGUUCUCGUCAGCAAGUUGCUGUUCACUGCGUACGGCAAGUCGUCACUGAAGGUGCUGUGGCAGUUCCUGCAGCACAGCAGCCGCUGGGUGCUGGGCCAGCUCAGGGUGCUGGGGGAGGGGGAGGCCCCCGCCCCUCACCCCCCGGCCAUCCCCGCCGCCACCUGCCGCCCCGCCUCCUGCCCUCUCCUGCACACGGCCUUCCACGUGGGCGGCCAGCGCUUCGACCAGCUGCUGGCCGGCACGUGGGCCCCGGACUGGGGCCAGCUCCUCUGCACGCCCCUGGGACUCGCCACGGACCAGUUCUGGUCGCAGCUGUCGCGCAGGGCCGAGUUCCGGGAGCCGGCCGAGCGGCUGAGCGAGCACGACGCCACCGUCGUGGCCGCCCUGUCGUCGCUCUUCGCGUCCGCACCUCCGACCCCGGGACGAUCGCGCUGCCACCUCUAGGUGGUGACGGCCAGUCACGGUAACCUAGCUAGUCUCCUUAGUGUCAGCGACAAGUACGCCACCUCUUUUCUUUAUUUCAUAACGUUAUUCCAUUUUAAUUAGCUAGUGUUAGAAAAUCAUUACAAGCAAUAAACUGACAAUUGUUUCCGACUCAAGGCGGGCACUUCCACCACUCCUUCCAGAUAUGCGCCCUUAAGGGUAGAUCAGGAGUCGGCUUACAGAACAGUUUGAAAACUUCGAGAGCAAGUAAAAUUGAGACUAAACUAUCAUGGAUUUACUACCCCCCACUUGAUUGGGAAGGUGUUAGAGCCUUAGCCCCCUGCCUCACUCAGCUAACCAGACAGUUGGCUGUGUCCUGAGCCCUUAGACCUUAUCAACACUGCUGGCGCUCACGGUUGUUAUCCAUAGCAUUGAAAAGUACAAUUUACGAACUGAAACGUUGAUGUUUCUGUGUGUAGCUGUUGGGUAGUGACAUUCUGGUAGCGUGGCGGGCCUAAAGUAGUCCGCUGGAGCAUGUGUUGGUCACCACUGCACUGCACAAUUCCUAAUUAGGGACCGGAAAGUUUUACGUUCUUUGACCUCUAGGUUGGCCGCCACUGUGUUUAAUACUGAGUAAAUGCCCCCUGCUCCUCACUUGAGAGAUUUAUAAAUGGGUUGCUUCUGAUUUGGAACUUCUUUUGUUGAAGGUUUCUCAUUGGCUUGAAGUCCUUACAGAAGCAAGACAAAGGUAAUGUUUUAAUUUUUGCCUGUCUCAAAUGAAAUGAAACUGUGAAUUUUUCCAACGUCGAAUUAUGACAUGUUUUAUCGUAAAAAAAUAUUUCCUGAGAAACUACCUGUUAA